UUGUCUAACACUCAAAACCUCGUCAAUUUAGACUAGAAAUUGGAAAUUUAUACCUUUGUGAGAAAAUUAAUGGAUAGAUUUGAACACCUAUAACACAAUUAAGUCUAUCGUUUUAUCUGAAAACGUAAUGUAUGUUAAAAAGUAAUUUAUUAAGAAUUAUUUGUACAAUAAAUUGUGAUUUAAAAAAAUAUGAUAGUCACUGCAGAAAUGUCUGCUAAAGAAUUUAUUAAUGACUAUAAGGAGAAUUACGGCAAAGUUAGAAAAUUACUAGAUGAAGACAGUAAAAAUGAUCCGGAAAAUGAACCAUAUUCGUCAAAAUAUAAGGCUAGAGAUAUAUUAAACAAUAUGCGCGAUGCAUUGAGUAAUGUUUCUGAAUCUGAAACAAAUUUGAACAAAGUUAAACUCGAUGCAAUGUUAGGGGUAGUACUUUUAAACAUAGGAAUUAUAGACAUGGAAACCGAGGAGCUGACUGCUAGUGAGAAAGUAUUGAAAGAAGCAGAAGAUCUUUUGAUUCCAAAUUCUCUAAAGCCGGAAAUCGUAACAACUCUCAUUAACAUUGAAAAUAAUCUCGGCAUAUUGUGGUCCAAUCGCGACGAACCAGAGGAAGCUAAACUUUUUUUACUCAAAGCAAAAACAUUUUAUGAAGACUUUAAAUGCACAUUACAAAUGCCUUUAUCAAUAGAACAAAUAAUAAGUAAUACUGGUGAAGCUGUUACAGGAGAAUUUAUGUUUUUAGAGAAAGCUCAUACAUUGUCUCUCUAUUAUUUAGCCCAAGUAUAUGGAUCAUUGAAGGAAAAUUUGAAAUCAGCAAUAUAUUGUCAUGUUACAUUAAGAAGACAGCUACAGUACUCAGACUAUGAAUCAAUUGAAUGGGCUUUAAAUUCGGCUACCUUAUCUCAGUUCUUUGCUGAGCAAAAUGGGUUUUUUCAAUCAAGACACCAUCUUUCUGCAGCUUCAACCAUACUGGAACAGUAUGAAGCAACAUUAAUGGAGUCGGAAAGUGCUGAUGAUAUUUUUUUGGCUAAAAAAGAAAUUUUUAAACAUAGAUCAGCAGAUGUAGCCAGGUGUUGGGCUAAAUACUGUCUUUUGCUAAUGACUGCUUCCAAAGCAAGACUUAUGAAUGAUGGAGAAGAGAUUAGUGAUGCAAUUACAGAUAUGUCUAAUUUGGAGCUGGAAGACAAUGAGAACAUUUGUGGUGGUGAUAUAAAAAAGUUAAUAUUCUCAGAUCUCGAUGUUACCAAAUAUGAAAAGAAAAUUGGUGACAAAUUCUUGUUGACAUACCAAGAUGCAAGAGAAGUGUUUUUAUGUUGCCAGAGUUGGUUGAACAAAGCCAAAGAAUAUUAUAAAUUAGAUACUUUAGCUUCAGACUACAUUGAGCUGGUGCAAGACAGUUCCCAAUCAUAUUGUUAUCUCGCAUUCUUCGAAGAAGAUGAUGAGAGGCGGGCAAAAAUGCAUAAACGUAGGGUGGAUAUGCUUGAAGAUUUGAUCAAAGAAAUCAACCCAACUUAUUAUCUCCAGUAUUGCCGUCAACUGUGGUACGAACUAGGUGAAGUGUAUUCAGAGAUACUAAAUAUUAAAUUAGACAAACUCAAUAAAACAAAGGAAAAACCCUCGCCACAUAUUUUAAAAAAGAUUAACAUGUUGUGUGAAAAGAGCAUUGAAAAUUAUGAUCACUUCCUGAAUUCAGUCAAAGAUAAAAAUGGAAUAAUGCCAGUUAAAUUAGAAUUUGAUGUUAUUAGGCCGGUGAUAAGUGCAUAUGCUUUUAUUGGUAGGAAUAGCAUGAAAAGAAUUGCCGUUGAUAAAAAUGUUCAAUUGACACAUGUUAGGAAAAGUUAUGAUUCAUAUCAGGCUGUUGUUGAUAUUUGUAAAAAUGACCCCGAAGCUGCUAAGAUGAUGAAAGAAGAGUACAGCUUAUGUCAAGAAAUGGUAAAUAUCUUACCAUUGAAGAUUAAAAAACUGGAAAAUGAACUGGUGGGAUUUGUUGGAUAGAAAAAAGUUAAGGUGUUACAAGCAAAUAUAAAAAAUGGUAUCAAAGAUAAACUUCAUAGUUAACCCAAACAUAAAUGCACCUUUUGUAUUAUGUAUGUAAUGUAAACAAUUGGA